AUGGCUGAUGAAAACUAUACAAGGAUCACAGAGUUUAUUUUCAUAGGCUUAAAGUACCAUCCUCGGAUUCAAGUCUUCCUUUUCUUGCUCUUUCUGCUUUUUUACCUCAUUACCAUGACAGGAAACUUAGGCAUGAUUAUUCUUAUCUGGUAUGAUUCCCGCCUUCACACACCCAUGUACUUUUUCCUCAGUCACCUGUCCUUUGUGGACAUCUGCUUUUCAUCAGUCGUGGGUCCCAAGAUGCUCACUGACUUCUUCGCUGAAAGGAAAGCCAUCUCUUUCCUGGGAUGUGUCUUGCAGCAGUGGUUCUUUGUGGCCAUUGAGUGCCUUCUCCUGGCAUCUAUGGCCUAUGAUCGCUAUGUGGCUAUCUGUAACCCAUUAUUGUAUUCAGCUGCCAUGUCCAAGAGACUCUGCAUACAGCUGGUGGUUGGACCCUAUACCGUUGGGUUCCUAAACACCAUGACUCACACAACGGCUGCUUUUCGACUUCCCUUUUGUCGUUCCAACAUUAUCAAUCAUUUCUUCUGUGACAUGUUCCCCAUUCUUUCUCUCAUAUGUGCUGAUAUCCAGAUCAAUAAAUUAUUAGUUUUCAUUGUGGCUGGUGCUGUACUAGUCAUCAGUAGCCUGACCAUUAUAGUCUCCUAUUUUUACAUCCUUACUGCCAUCCUGAGGAUCCACUCUGCUGAUGGGAGACGCAAGGCUUUUUCCACCUGCUCGUCCCAUCUCACAGCUGUUUCCAUCUUAUAUGGGACUCUCUUCUUUAUUUACGUGAGGCCAGGUGCAAUAUUUUCUCUGGACCUGAAUAAAAUGGUGUCAGUGUUCUACACAGCAGUGAUCCCCAUGUUGAAUCCUCUCAUUUACAGUUUGAGAAAUAAAGAGGUGAAAGCUGCCAUGCACAGGACAGUCACCAGGAGGAUGUUUUGCAUCAGAAGUUAA